CAAUUGACGCCACUGCAGGGGAGUUGCCGGGUCUUGAAAAAGAUGGAGCGACUGCAAAACGAUUGUCUUCCUUCUAUCAAGGUCUUGACUGCAGGAGACUGGCUAUGCAUGAACACAUUGCCUGCUAAGUGCAGGUGGCGUGCAGUGGUGUGUCGUUUAGGACGUGUAUUUCCAUUUCCAUUUCCAUUUCCAACCAAGCCUUGCCAUGCAAUCGUGACAAACGUACAAAUCACAACCGUAUUGGCAGGUAAUGGCGCUCGACUGCACCAGUCCCCGACUACAGUUCGAUUCACCUCUCUUCAAGCAAUUAAAAGGACUUGACACGCGGCAAUGGUUGAUCAGCGGGAGGGGUUGGCAUGCGAUUAAGGAUCGGGAUGUAGUGAUGCACGUCAGGUCGUUAUAUCAACUCCCUGACAGUGCUGUCAACCGUUCGGCAAUUCAGGUGUUCGCAAUGCGUUCGAAGACCCACGAGCGGCCCGGGUUUGACCAAGCAAACCGCCUCACGCCGUCUACUUACAGCAUGCAUCUUAACCAGGGGAAUGGAUACCGUAAUUCAUCUAUUGCACUCAUUCAGACAAUGUUGAUGGUCCACUCGCUCGUUUGGACGGCGUCUCCUUUUUGGCUAUUGCAGUGGCUAUCUGUAUCGAAUAUCAAACACAGUGGGUUGCUAGGGUUAAAUAUCAUUUGGACGCUCUUUCAAGCUCUUACCGGACUUCCGACGUAUCGUAAUCACUGUUUUGGAUGUCUUCUUAUUGAUGCGUUGUGUCUCAACCUGCAGUGCCUCCCCAAAGCUGAUCAGAAAGUUCCCAUGGAAGUUCCGGACUUUGGACCGAUUUUCACCUUCCGCAGCCCUACUCCACAAUUGCAACAUUCCUAUGAUAUGCGGACAGAUGCGGACAGAUGCGGGCGUAUCUUUAUCAGGCGUCUCGCCCCGGGCCUUCCAAUCCCGCAGUUUUAGUUCAUCGGCUGUUCCUCAAUGUCUGGUGUACUGUUACGUCCUCGAAGUCCUCCUCCACCCCCAAUAUCCCUUGCUAUCUCUGGCCCUCACCAUCUUGUUGUGUCUUGUGCUCCUUGUAGUUUUUUU